AUGAAAAUAGUUGAAUCCUUGCAAUUACAUAAAGUGGAUCAGGUCACCAGUUUGGAAAAAAAAUUCAAGGAGAAUCAAUAUAGCAAACCUUAUCAACUUUAUCAUGAUAUUAAAGCAGUCUCAUCGAUCUUAUUAAGCAAACAUACUAAUGGAACUCAAGAGUACAAGGAAUAUGACUUCUUCUAUAAGUUUUCAACGGAAUUAUUGUUACGUGAAUUGAGCAAGUCUAUUGAGUUCAAUAAUCAAUUCCAUGAAAUUCAAACCGAGUUAGAAUCUCUGAUAGACGACGAUUUUAACAAGAUAUUUCAUAGUUACAACCUUUCAAAUGGAGAAGUGAUUACCUACAUAUCAACCACCGAAGAACAAGAACAACAAAAUGGUGAUUAUUAUCAACACCAAUACAACAAUCAACCUAAAGUGAAAAAAGUUCAACCACUUUUUUCUUCAGUUAUUUCUAAGUCAGAACUAGAUAGCAGAACUACUAUUGUCAAAGAACCAUAUGGAAUUGCAAAAGUUAUUCCUAGUGUCAAGGAUUCUGUAUCAGAUAAUGUUCUUGAUAACUUAUCUCCAAUGUCCAACAAGAUUCCUUCACCAUUGGAACAACCAACAAACAUUCUCCAUGAUUUUUUCCAUCCUACUUGGUAUACUGUUUCCAUGCCUCAAUGGUUGACUUAUAAAUCACAAUCCAUAAAGCCAGCAACUCUGAUCUCUAAUAAUGACUUGGAAACUGGAUCAUCAAUUGAAGAAUCUCACAAACUCUCGAUUUUAAGAAACAGAGACCAGGAAUUUUCCCCAAAUGCUGCUAGUAUCUGGGGUCCAGGAAAUUAUUAUAGAUCUUUUGUCCCAUCGCGAGAUCUGACUAGAGCAAUCGUUAGUCACAGAUUGAGAGCCAAUGUUUGGUUGCAACAUAUUGGUAUUGCUGAAAUAGCCAAGAUCAAGAAGGAAUUUAUGGGACAAACAGAAGAAAAAGCAACAGAUAAGAAAUAUAAAGAAGAAGAAGAAGAAGAAGAACAGAACCAAAAGAGUGAGAAGAAAACCAAGACUGAAGAUUCGAAAAAAGACUCCCAAGAUUCCUUUCUAUCAAAUGACAGACCAGUUGCAGAAGAAAUAAACAUUGCCAACUUGGUUAACUGGAAUCCAGAAAAUAGCGAAGAAUUGAAAUUCUUGAAAGAUCAUAAAGACGAAUUGCUUGACCCAAAAAGAAUCCAAAAGAUGAUUUCUACAUCGUUGUUAAAGUUGAACAAACUUCGUCAAGAUAGAUUUGUGAAUAGUGAUGUUAGAAAUCCAUUGGCGCCACAGCAAGAGGAAUGUUUGUUGUAUAAAAGGUUGGUUAAAUUAAUUACAAUUGCUAUUAGAUUAUUCAAAUUGAAUCCAGGUAGCUUUUCCUAUGAUUUCAGCAAGAAGAUACCUGUCUUGGUUUCUGAAUUUAGCGGAACAUUACCUAGUUUACCUCCAAAUAAAAUAGUCAGUGGAAGCACAACUGUUGCUUCAUCCAAGCUGGGUAGAUUGCCCAACCUUAAGGGACCUACCCCAUACAAAAGAAGACCAACAAGAUACUAG